AUGUCGAUUGCUCGCAUUGCCUUUGGUUCUCUCGCCUCCAAGGUCGCUGCACCUUCCAUGGCUGCUCGUGCCAUCUCCACCACUGCUGUUGCUCAAAAGGAUGUUGUCCAAGAGCUUUAUCUCAAGGAGUUGAAGGGUUACAAGCCUGCACCUGUCAAGGCUGAUGAAUCCCAAGUCAAGGACUUGAAGCUUCCUCCUGCUCCCGAGGCCCCCAAGGUGGAUGCUGAUCUCGACCAGCAAUUGGCUGCUUACAACAACGCUCCUGAAGCUUCCCAGUAA